UAUCAAGAGGAUGCACCCGACGUGAAGGACAUGUCUAAAUAUAAACCUCACAUUCUGCUGUCUCAAGAGAAUACCCAGAUUAGAGACUUGCAGCAGGAAAACAGAGAGCUGUGGGUUUCCUUGGAGGAACACCAGGAUGCUUUGGAACUCAUCAUGAGCAAGUACCGGAAACAGAUGUUACAGUUAAUGAUUGCUAAAAAAGCAGUGGAUACCGAACCAGUUCUGAAAGCUCACCAGUCCCACUCUGCAGAGAUUGAAAGUCAGAUUGACAGAAUCUGUGAAAUGGGAGAAGUGAUGAGAAAAGCAGUUCAGGUGGAUGAUAAUCAGUUUUGCAAGAUUCAGGAAAAACUAGCUCAACUAGAGCUUGAAAAUAAGGAGCUUCGAGAAUUACUGUCCAUCAGCAGUGAGUCUCUUCAGGUUGGAAAGGAAAAUUCUGUGGAUCCCGCUUCCCAGCCCAUCAAAUAACUGAACUUCUGAAUGCUGGCUGCAGAUGGCCCGACAAGGAGAGGAGUGACUGUCUCUCCCUAAGAUGUGUCCAUUCAAGUGUCCUGCUGCAGACUUGAUUCAGUGUUGAUCAGAGGGAUGAGCUAGCAAUUCGGAAUUGCUGUUCAUUAUCCACAAACAAUUUGGGUUUUAUUAGUAAAAUAGAGGCGUCUCACCAUUCCUUUGUCAGAAAUUCCGUUUAGUUUGACUCUGGGACCUGAAUUUAUAUAAACUGUUUUCAGUUAUUUUUGUUUUUCAUAUCUCUGAAACCCUAAACAUUUUAUUAUAAACCAGUGAUUUUAUUUUAUAUAGGAUUAUAAAAUUGACUUCUAAGAAUUUUUAAGAGAUCAAACUUUUAAAAAGUACAUGUUUGGUGUAAACCUGAAUAUUUUUUUUUCCACUUUAAAAGUAACAUGAUCCACAGAAGCAAAUUGUGAGACUCUCUGAGUUGCAUCAUCAUUCACCUGUGGAGUUUGGAUUCGCUCUGGUGCUAGGAGUUGGCCCUUCGUGGUCAGGUGUCUUUACUCUUAAUUUGAGAGAAUCUAUUAGUAGUCCCCAGGAAAUAUACUUGAAAACAAGUCACCUAGGUUUGGGUUGUUUCUCCUCCUCCUCCCAAGGAUCAUUUAGUCAUUCAGAGAAUUCUGAGCACUUGAUUUAAAUGCCAACAGUAGCUUUUAUUUAUAUGAUCAAGUAGUCAGUUUUCCAUUUUGUUUGACUAGGGAAUCUUCAGCUUAGGUGGUUUGCCAACUAUGAAGAACAUAUCAGAUUUCCACGCGUCAUAGUUGAAACAUAGCUAUGAUGGUGACAAAUGGCACUGCUUGGAUGGCUUAUCACCGGCAGUGAGCUGUCUUAGAUCUGGUUGGUUUUUACACGGAAGCAUUUUUUAUCGCCCACAGAAAGUUACUAUGUUCCUGAUGCCAUGCAGGCAAUUGAGAACAGUACUGAGAUUCGGGUGCAGGGAGGAUCUACUAAUUCCCUUGCCAGCCUUCCCUGUCUUGGUUUACUCAAAUUUAUAAAUAAUUCCUUUUACACUAUUUGUUUACCCAAAAUGGCUGAAGAAAUCUUAAUGCUAUCAAUAUUUGCUGAUACUAAGCACCAUACCACAUGAGAAAGAUUGUCUUAAAAGAAAAAGAAUCUAGUGUUUUA